GUUCAAUGUGUCGUAACAUCCGGUGUGCCAAAGUCCAUGCAGGCAAACUUUGUCAUCGCUACUCCUGCGAUUUCGUGUAUUUUAAACAAAAAUGCCACCGAAGCAUGCAAAGCCAGAGUUCAGUGAGUCUCAGGUGUCUGAGAUUUUGCAAAGACUUUACAAGCUGACAUCUUCAGAAAUACGCUCCUUACCCAGCUAUGACGACCAGAACUUUUAUGUGGCGGCUGUGGAAGGUGGGGAAUAUGUCUUCAAGAUCAUGAACUCAGAAGACAGCAAGAACCCCGCCAUCACUGAGGUGCAGACGUACGCCAUGUCCUUCCUCUGCCAGAAUGGACUCCCCGCUCAAACAGUCCUCCCCACCGUCUCAGGACAACAGAUAAGUCUGGAAGAAAUGGAUUGUGGUUUUGGCUUACAGAAAUACUUGGUGCGUCUCUUGACUUACUUACCUGGAGUCACCAUUUCUAAAGUUCCUCUAAUACCUAACUUGUUAUAUGAAGCUGGAAAAAUGGCAGCAACAAUGGACACAGUUCUUCAAAAGAUGGAACAUCCUAAUAUCAGCAUUCUGCAGAGGGAGGGGUUCAUCUGGAGUCUGUCAAAUGUGCCCCUCCUAGAAGCAUACAUUGGUCCUUUAGAUGGAGAUCCCCUGCAGGAGCUUGUAAAGUCUAUUAUUCAUCAUUACAAAACAUCUGUAGAACCCAAACGCUGCCACUUCCGCACAUGCAUCAAUCAUGGUGACUUCAAUGACCUAAAUGUGCUUGUGCAAGCUGAUGAGAAUGGUGAUUACAAGAUCUCUGGCAUCCUUGACUUUGGGGACAUGAACUAUGGCUACUACAUCCAUGAGCUUGCCAUCACUAUAAUGUACAUGAUGACGGAGCACCCUGACCCCGUUCAGGUUGGUGGACCUAUCCUUGCCGGCUGGGAAAGUGUCAUUCCGCUCAAUGAGAUGGAGAAAGACUGCCUUUAUCUGCUGGUGAUGUCCCGCUUCUGCCAGUCCUUGGUCUUAGCUCGCUACUCCGUGACUCUGCACCCAGAAAAUGCAGAGUAUUUAAUGAUUACAUCCAGGAAAGGUGUUGGCAUUCUUAAAAAGCUUUGGAAACUCGGAAAAAAAGAGGUGGAGAAAAUGUGGUUCAAAGCUGCUGCUGAGUUCAGUCACACAAAGUGACAAACACGUUUUUUUCACUUUGCAGUCAGCAAAUUUCAAGUUCAAUUCUCAAAAAAAAGUGUCUAAAUUGUGGGAAUUUUGAAGAAUUUCUUCAUGUUUUCAUUUUACAAUUGUGGAAUCACAGAGAUGAAGAGCUUUUCUUUCUUACUCGGCAAGUCAGCUUUAUUACACAACUAUAAAGCACAUAGGUAACUUCAAAAAGGCGGGUUGCUUUCAGAUUCAAUUCAUUCCUUAUAUAAAAUGAUUUGAUUUUUUUCAAAGAAAGUAUUACAAUAAGGUAGGAAGACAGAAACGUGUGUGAAUCUGGCUGUGUCUAAAGAAAUGUACUAAUUUAUUUGGGCAAAAUCCUGAACUUUAAAUGAUAAAUUAAAUGAACUUUAGGAGUCAUCAGUUAACUGUAUGCUACUUAAAAUCGAACUGAUAAGGUCUCUCCCUCAGUGUUGCAUACAUUUGAAAAUAGUUUUUAAGUCAUAUAUUUCUGCAGACUUUAAUCAUGGUGCUACAUUUGAACAGUUAUAUAAAUGCUUAUGAGUUUAUUGUUAGCACCCUGACUGACUAUUCAUUGCUCCAUCUGUUAUGGAUGCAAAAGGGGACAAAUCCCAGCGGUAUGGAGUUGCCAACAAUAAAGCACGCUGGCAAAAAUUAAGAGUUAGGUGUCAGAAAAAUGCUUCAUAUUGAUUGUUUGAAUGAUUAAGCUGAGAAGGAAAAAUCUAAAAGGAUUUUCACAUUUAAUAAUAAAGGAGAAAAAAGGUCUUCCUCACACAAGAGAUGCAUGGCAUGUGUGGAAGUUGGUCCAAGUAUUUACAAUAAAUCUAAAACCUUGUCUUUUUUUAAGUGACAGUAUUGUGAUUUUUUGAUGAUUAUGAUUAAUUAUCUAUGGGAAGACUUUUCUGUCCGAUAUAUGGUUCUAUGUUUAUCCUGAGCAAAUAAGAGAUUGCGUUUAUCAAACAGCGAGUGAGCACUGACUGAAGAUGUAACAUUGAUGAUAUAAAAACAUACACCGGAUAAGUCUUUGAAACUUGGCUUUUUAUGUCAGUCUUACUUUUUAUUAUGAAGUCGCGGUCAGAUUUUGUCGGGGUUUUUAGAUGUCAGUUUUUGUUUCCAACCUUUGAUUCGGAUCAAAUAUUAAACUUUGUCUUGAGUUUUCUGAAUUAUGAAAUAAAAGAAUCUUUAUUUUUAUCUGUAAA